CCACUUGGUCCGAGCCAGGUGGAUGCAUCCCUCUGAAAUAGCUAUACAUCCAUGAUGACCCAGCAACGAAGGCCACAAGGCAACUGCUUAGCAUCAAAGAUCCAGAGACGAGAAUAAAGAGAAGCGUGCCAAUGGGGAUCCAUAUAGGGCUUGAGAUGAUUACCAACGGGGCAAAGAAGAGGAGAGUGAGAAUUCCUAUAGUGAUUGUGAUCCCUGUAAAGAAGAGCAAAAAUGUGCCGGAUAUGAGGAGAGUGAGGAACCCGAUAAGCUGUGUCGAUGUGGGUGCAUUCCAAUAUUGAGAGCAGCUACUUUGCGCUUUGCGAAGGAAUGUUGUCGCAGAGCCACCCCGACUACUGUGUAAGAUCUAAGAGUUG